UAAACACCCUCUCACUCAACGUGCACCCAUACCAAAAAGCAACGUCGCGCAAUCAUGUCGAAGAACGAGAGCAAUGCUGCGCAGACAGCCGCAACGAAUGCUGACGAUGAGCCAGACGAAUGGGACAAGCGCAUUUUCAGCACCGGCUGUGCAGACGAGAAUUCCAAGUUAACUGACUGCUACUUCGAGAAGAAGGACUGGAGGAAGUGUACAGCCGAAAUGGAGGUUUUCAAAAGAUGUUGGAAGCUCAAAGGCAACGAUAAACGGACGAGCAUGAAGGAUGUUUAGGGUUCCGAAAAACAUGAUUCCACAUACGUAUUUGGCUCGCUGUAUAUAUACCCAAAUGCCCUCCAUCCCUCA